AUGAAAACUAUUUAUUCUUUUUUUAAAAGAAAGAAUGAUGAUGAAGAAAUUCAUAAUGAAAAUCAACAGAGUAAACACCACAAAGCUUCAACAAGUGAGCCGCAACCGCGAGAACAUGAAAAUCAACAAGAGAAUGAUAUUGCUGAAGCUACACAAUCAAAUCCUAAUGAAGUGGAUCUUAAGCAUCUAGAAAGAGAUCCCGCUAAGCGAAAACAAAUGUGGGAAUAUCCAGUUAAUUUAAGGAACAAUGUGUGCCAUGGUUAUGAUGCGUUUACUGCUAAAGGAUUUGACAAUUGGAAAAACGUUAAUGAUGGGAAAAAAUGUGCAUUCUUGAAGCACAUUGGUUGUUCAAAACAUAGAAAUGUUGUUACAUUUGUUGAAACUUGA